CGCCGUCGCUCUUCUCCCGGCGCCGAGGUCCCGGCCUCCGCCUCGCCGCCCGCCCGCCCCGUCGGGUCUCUGCGUCUCCACGGCCCUCCGAGCCCGACAGCCGCCAUGGCCACGCUCCUCCGCAGCAAGCUGUCCAACGUGGCCACCUCGGUGUCCAACAAGUCCCAGGCGAAGAUGAGCGGCAUGUUCGCCAGGAUGGGCUUCCAGGCGGCCACCGACGAGGAGGCGGUGGGCUUCGCUCACUGCGACGACCUGGACAUGGAACACCGGCAGGGGCUGCAGAUGGACAUCCUCAAGUCCGAAGGCGGUGAGGAGGGCGGCGAGCAGCCUCUGGAGGGGGACAUCCACUACCAGCGGGACGGCACCGGGCCGCUGCCGCCCUCCGCCUCCAAGGACGCGGGGGUCUGUUCCGAGCUGUCCGGGCAGGGCAAGCCCAAGAUCACGGCGUGGGAGGCGGGCUGGAACGUCACCAACGCCAUCCAGGGGAUGUUUGUGCUGGGCCUGCCCUAUGCUAUCCUUCAUGGUGGAUACCUAGGACUCUUUUUAAUAAUUUUCGCCGCGGUGGUUUGCUGCUACACUGGGAAAAUCCUUAUUGCCUGUCUUUACGAAGAGAAUGAGGAUGGGGAGAUAGUCAGGGUGAGAGACUCCUAUGUGGACAUAGCAAACGCGUGCUGCGCGCCCCGCUUCCCCACGCUGGGAGGCAGAAUUGUGAAUGUGGCUCAGAUCAUUGAACUGGUCAUGACCUGCAUCCUCUACGUGGUUGUCAGUGGGAACCUGAUGUACAACAGCUUCCCUAACCUGCCCGUAUCCCAGAAGUCGUGGUCCAUUAUUGCCACAGCCGUUCUCCUGCCUUGCGCGUUCUUGAAGAACCUGAAGGCAGUCUCCAAGUUCAGCUUGCUCUGCACAUUGGCCCACUUUGUCAUCAACAUCUUGGUGAUCGCCUACUGCCUCUCCCGGGCACGUGACUGGGCGUGGGACAAGGUCAAGUUCUACAUCGAUGUGAAGAAGUUUCCCAUCUCCAUUGGCAUCAUUGUCUUCAGCUACACCUCUCAGAUCUUUCUGCCUUCCCUGGAGGGGAACAUGCAGAACCCCAAGGAGUUCCAUUGCAUGAUGAACUGGACGCACAUAGCAGCUUGCAUCCUUAAGGGACUCUUUGCCUUGGUCGCCUAUUUGACCUGGGCUGACGAGACCAAGGAGGUCAUCACAGACAACUUGCCAUCCACCAUUAGGGCAGUAGUCAACAUUUUCUUGGUGGCCAAAGCCUUGCUCUCCUACCCCUUGCCGUUUUUUGCAGCUGUGGAGGUCCUGGAGCGAUCCCUUUUCCAGGAUGGAAACAGGGCAUUCUUCCCCAACUGCUACGGGGGUGACGGGCGGCUCAAGUCCUGGGGGCUCACCCUCAGGUGUGCCCUGGUGGUGUUCACCCUGCUCAUGGCUAUCUAUGUCCCACACUUUGCCCUCUUGAUGGGUCUCACUGGGAGCCUCACAGGUGCGGGUCUCUGCUUCCUGCUCCCCAGUCUUUUCCACCUCAAGCUCUUGUGGAGGAAGCUCUUGUGGCACCACGUCUUCUUUGACGUCGCCAUUUUCGUUAUAGGAGGGAUCUGCAGUGUCUCCGGGUUCAUCCACUCUUUAGAAGGCCUCAUAGAGGCAUUUAGAACCAAUGCUGAAGACUAAGGAGGGGCCAGAGCUGGUGGCAGUACGAGAAUAGCGUCGAACAUCCGCAUAGCCCUGAGAUUCUGCGUCCCUUCAAGGAGGAGUCAUUACUUUCGUUACAUGCAUCCAACAAAUUCUACGUUAUAGAACCUGCAAAUUAAAUGAAAUCAGAAGAGAUGAAAACGCGUGCCCUGCCAUCUUUUUAAAUAAGCUAAGAUUUAAAAUAUAGAUAUAUAUUUAUUUUUUUGUUCUUUCAAAUAUUUGGAAGGAAAAUCCAUGGUGCCCCACCCCGACCUCCUCACCAGUUGCCUGAAGCUCAGCCCCACGAAUGAACCAUCGGGAAAGGAUAACAGCUCCCAGCACUGCCCGCAGAUCUGCACUGCAGUGCUGCAGGAGGUGCCGACCCGAUGGGAUUGUGUUUACAGAUGGAAGCAGACGGGCUGCAGGUGCUGGGAGCAGCAACAUUCCUUUACAUACACCACGAGACAGACGUAGAUGAGACCUAGAUUGUAGGAAUAGGAAUAGCCCAGCAACCCACGCUCCGGCCGAUGGCCGGUGCUGCAGUCAUCUGCAAUGUUUACACUGUAGUCACAUCGAUGUCAGACUGCUUAAUUCUUCCAUCCGGAUUGACACGAGGAAUGGCGCUUCCCAUUGAUUACAUUUUGCCUCUGGUUGAACUCACAGACCUGGAGUCCACUUCUCAGUGAUUUUUUUUUUUGUUGUUGUUCGUUUGUUUCAUUUUAAGAAUUAUUUCUGAAUAAUGAAAAGAAAAAAAUAUAUAUUGUUGGAUUUGACGUCGUUCAGGAUACAGAAACAAAACCAAGACAAAACUCAUUCUGUGCAAUCUACCAGAUCCGUGGAGCUGUUUCCAAUGUAUGUGUGGUGUAAUUGUGGUAAAUAAGAUGAAAAAUGUAUAUCAGAAAACAAAAGUCUAUCUUUAACAUAUAAUGUGGUACAUAAAUAUAUCAAACA